CCUGCAUCUACGCAUAUAUAAACAAUAGCUAGAUCUUAAUCCUGUAAUCCUAAUAAUACAACAACAACGAUGUCACCACUUUUCUAGGGAAUCACACUGGCUGCGAUAAGAUAUCGGAAGUGCGCCGUUUCAUUCUGGCUCCACUCCUUUCCGUGUCCCAUUCUGACCCGGAAAGGUCCGGUCCCGCUCGGUAGAGGUGUGGGUCUCGGCCGUGUUUGUGCACAGAAAUGUAGAUGGUUCGCUUCCGAUACUUCUAUUUUCGGUGGAUAUCUGACAUAAGGCGCGCCGUAUUCGCAGUUCUGUCUAAAUGGAUAAGAAGUUAUACUCCUGGUAUUUCUUUGUGUAUGCAACUUACACAGCGGCCAUUAGGGUAACUUGAAUCUCGUUGGGCUUUCCCCGCAAUUUUCCCUUCACUGCCGAGAUAAUAAUCUGGGGAGGCAUAAAGUGAUGCACCCCAGACAAGAUGACAUAUUAGCCGUAGGUGAGCCCAUAGGUUAGAAAAAGAAUGUUGUUAGCUAUAUGGAGGCGAGGUCCGUUACUGCUCGUAGAGGAUAGAGGUCAAAUAAGCAUGACUAAAUAUACAUCACGGUAAUACCACUAUGUCCCAUGACUUUUACCUGAGAAGAUUAAGACCAGGAUGAGCCGUGGCCUAAAGUAUAAUAUAACUAUCUUCUGUCUUAAUCAAGGCAGUUAGAUUUCUUCGCGUUCCCUUCGUCUUCAUCUUAUAAGCGGCAAAAAUGCAGCUCCUCACGACUCUCUUGAUCGCUGCUACGGCGGUGCAGGCUCACUACACAUUUCCGCGACUUGUCAUCAAUGGAAAAUCAGAGGAAGCGGACUGGUCUGCCACACGCAGGACCAAGAAUGCCGAGAGCAAGACGGGUGUCUUGAGCGCAACGAGUCCUGAUAUUCGCUGCUACUCGUCGCAGAAUGCAGCCAACAUCAUAACCGUGCCCGCCGGCUCGACGAUCCACUACAUUUCGACGCAACAGGUGAACCACCCAGGGCCUACCCAGUAUUAUCUAGCCAAGGUUCCCGCAGGCAAGAGUGCCUCGAACUGGGAUGGUUCUGGCAACGUCUGGUUUAAGAUCCACACGACGAAGCCAACCAUGGACAAGAAUAAGCAACUGACCUGGCCUGCGCAGAAUGAGUACGUCUUGACGAACGCGACCAUCCCCGCUGCUACGCCCGAUGGAGAGUAUCUGCUUCGCGUGGACCAGAUAGCUCUGCACAUGGCGAUGCAAGCGAACGGAGCGCAGUUCUACCUCGCGUGCACACAGAUCAAGAUCACCGGGGGUGGCAGCGGAACACCUGGCCCUCUCGUCGCGUUUCCGGGAGCCUACAAAACCAACGAUCCUGGUAUCUUGGUGAACUUGGGUACUAUCCAGCCAGACUCUUAUGUUCCUCCGGGCCCUCCUGUGUGGAGCGGCUAGGCAUUAUUGCGUACUUGUCGGGGAGGACUACAUUCACCCCUAGCGCUCAUUAAUAACCAUAGCCGUUGCCUUCUAAUCCAACUCUGGCUAAUAAUAUCUUCGCGGAGUUAUUGUGAUGUGAUUGGUGAUAUGACAA